GUGGACACUUUCUUGGCAACUGGGCUACGUACACGGAUGUUGACCCUAAGGUCCGUGAACUUUGGUGGAACUUGUUCAAGGCCCGGUUUCGCUGGACUGAAGAACAAGGCCCCGCUAUUCUAAGGGCGUACAAUGCCAGAGUUUCAAACUGGCUUCGUCCCACUUUUAAGCGUGCCCGAGCCAGUGGGGUAAGGCCUCAAUGGUGUUCGGAUGAGGUAUGGGAAAACCUCGUCCGCCACUGGUCUUCGGAUCCGACUUUCUUGGCUAGAAGCGAAGCCGGGAAGAAAAAUCGGAUGUCCGAGAAGGCAUUGACGACACAAUGGCACGAAGGCCACAAACCCCAGAGUAAACAUAAAGAAGCUCUUGCGGGGCCUCAAAAGAAGAGGGUCCCUAUCCUCAGUGUAAUCAAACACUGUUGGAUGAAGAACGGUGUUGAGUAGCCAGCCAAUCUACCACCCCGCCUUGCUGAAAUCGAAACAAAGUAUAACGCAAAUGUUGAAAAGAAGCGGACGG